AUGUCUGAGACCCAUCUGGGGCAUCUCAUGGAAAGACCAAAUAUAACAAACAAACAAAAAAAUUACAACACGCCUGGCCACGCCCUACAGUACGAACUGACAGCUGAAGUGUUGCAGUACCAAGCUCCCAGAUAUUGUGCCGAUCUGUUGGCUGGACUUUUGGUCAACGUACGAGCACAUGCCAAAGUACUGGACGCGGCCGCUGGUUCAGGACAUGUGGGAGUUGAGCUUAGCAAGCGAGGAUUCAACAAUAUCACAGCACAAGAUGGAUCCUUCUGUAUGCUGGAUUUGUGCCGAGAAAAAGGCGUCUAUAGAAACUACAUGUGUUGUUUGAUCGAAAGUGACGGAAGGCUACCAAUUGACGAUGGUGUGUAUGACGCUGUGACAGUUUCAGGGGCGAUAAUGGAACACCAUCUACCCCAAUCGUGUCAAGCAGAAUUUGCUCGAGUUGUCAAACCUGGCGGGUACAUCAUUACAGCCUACGACAGCGACAUCCUCGACUCAGACUACGGCCGACUCUGGGAGAAAGAGACGCGGCGACUACUGGAAGAUGGCGUCUGCUCUCUCUACGCAAAAGUUAUCGUUCCUAAUUAUUUGAAAGACAAAAAAGGAGUCAUCAACAUUUUACAAGUGUUGUAA